AACCUUUCAUUUCAGUAUAAAUACCUUAAUCGUUCCUAUUGUUACAUAUCAUUAUAUCAGUAAAACAAAAUCAAGUUAAGUUAAAUGAAGCCAUAUAUCUUUCUUCCUUUCUUCCUUUUACUUGUCCCUUGUGCUCUUGCGGCAUCAGCACCGAAUCCAGUGAUUGACACUUUUGGAAGGUAUCUCCGACAAGGCGUCAGCUACUACAUUGUGCCUGUUCCCCCUGAAGACCCGACGGUGAGCAGCCGAGGUGGCGGCCUCAACCUGGCUGCUACCAGGAACAAAACCUGCCCCCUAGACGUUGUUCAAGAGAUGGAUGAAAAUAACAAGGGCCUUCCGUUCAGUUUUAUACCAAUUAAUCCCAAGAAAGGCGUUAUUCGCGAAUCAACUGAUUUGAACAUCAAGUACAUGGGUGACACGGCCUGUAAUGAGUCCAUGGUUUGGAUGCUGAAUCAGUUAGGUGAUCCCAAUGGACCAUAUUUCGUGACGACAGGGGGAGUUGAAGGGAACCCUGGGGCUCAAACCAUUGGCAACUGGUUUAAGAUAGAAGUAUUUAUCGACGACUAUAAAAUCAUGUAUUGUCCCACAGUAUGCAAAUACUGCAAAGUUAUUUGUAGAGAUGUUGGAAUUGUGGUGGUGAAUGGCAGGAGAUAUCUGGGACUGACUGAUCAACCCCGCAGAGUUAUGUUCAAAACUCAAUAAGGGUUAGAGUUAUGAUUUUCACCAGCCAUUUGAAUAUGUAUUUCGUUUAAUGUAACAAAUAAAAAAUCUGUGUGAACUUGUUUGGUUUGUAAAGCUGAAAUUGAACCCAGAUUGGUUAUUCUUGAA